GUUGUGCGUUUGUUGUUGGUGGCACGGGCUAACGCGACUGGAGCCGUUGGAAUUUGCUGUCUACGUGGCCAUCACAAAGCCUUACAAUUGCUCUUAGAAGCUGGGGCUGCUAUGGACAGGUGCAACAGCCAGGGUGAGACGACUCUCUGGCUUGCGUGUGAGCACGGUCAUGUUGAAGCUGCCCGGCUGCUUUUGCAGAAUGGUGCGGGCAGAGGCCCUUCACAGCACGACUGCAAACGACUGAUUGCAGCGCAUGGUAGCCGUCUGCAGAUCCAGCAGCUAUUGCGGGAGGCUGGCACGGGCACUGAUUGGAACAACCAUGUGGGUGAACUGCUUCUGUGGCUUUCAUGCGAAGAUGGGCAGGCGGACAUGGUGCGCCAACUGUUGACAGAGGGAGCCAGAGUAGAUUGGUCCAAUGGUUUCGGGGAAACGCUUCUUGGGCUUGCUCGUGAGAACGGACAUGAGGAACUUAUGCACUUGCUGACCGCGGCCAGUUCAGAUGCAGAUGCACCAGGGCUCCAUGUUAGACAUGAUGGAUAUCGCACCUUGGGGACUCAAGCUGGAACCUGA